GUGAGCUGACCGCCCGGCAGCGGGUCAGCAGAGGGGGGAGCAAGCCCUAUAUAAAGGGAUCCAGGCUGACCACUGCCCUGUGAGCGGCAGAGGCUUCCCCGAGAAUCACCAAAAAGAUGAACUCCCUCCUCGUGCUGGCCGUGCUGUCUGCCUGGGGCUCAUCCCAGGCCGGGGGGAACCUCUGGGAUCUGCAGAAGAUGCUCACGAAGGUGACCGGGAGAAACGCCUUCCUGUACUACUCCUCCUACGGCUGCUACUGUGGCCUGGGUGGCCGUGGCCGGCCCAAGGACGCCACGGACAGGUGCUGCCAGCUGCACGACACCUGCUACGACGGCCUCCAGCGCCAUGACUGCAAUGCCAAGAAGCAGCGCUACCGCUACAGCUGGCACGGCGGCAGCCCCACCUGCAGUCGGGACUCCUGGUGCGCCCAGCUCUCCUGCGAGUGCGACCGCAGCCUGGGGCUGUGCCUGAGGAGCAGCCUGGGGAGCUACAGAAAGCGCUACCGCCUGUACCCCCGCUACAGGUGCAGGUGACAGGGGCUGGGGACAGCACGAGGAGGAGGAGAUGCUUCGGGUUUGCCCUCUGCUCCCAACGGGGUUUUGCGCCUGGAGCUGCACGGCCGGGUUGAGCUGUGCUCCUACCUGCCUGGGCCAUGUCGGUGUUGAGUUUGUGUCGGUGUGGAAAUAAAUCUUGGGCUUAAAAAAUC